ACGGAUUGCGGGCCAGGUCCACAGGGGGAUUCGUUCCCGCCGGAAGGAUUUCCCCGGAGGCACUAAUUCCUUCUCCUUCCGGCCAGCUCGGGGCCCGGAAGCGCGGUGUUCGGACUGCUGGCUUGGCGGCGCGUCGUCUUUUCCCGGUUGCUACCGGGGCGUGGUCGCUGCGGGCCGGGCUCACGCGCGCCGGCGAUGGAGGGGCAGCGGGUGGAGGUGGACGGCGGGAUCAUGGAAGGGGGCGGCCAGAUCCUCAGGGUCUCCACCGCCCUCAGCUGCCUCCUGGGCCUCCCCUUGCGCGUGCAGAAGAUCCGCGCCGGCCGCAGCACGCCGGGCCUCAGGCCUCAGCAUUUGUCUGGACUGGAAAUGGUUCGAGAUUUGUGUGAUGGGCACCUGGAGGGGGCAGACAUCGGCUCAACAGAGAUCACCUUCACGCCAGAGAAGAUCAGAGGUGGAGUCCACACAGCGGACACGAAGACAGCAGGGAGUGUGUGCCUCUUGAUGCAGGUUUCAAUGCCCUGUGUUCUCUUCGCUGCUUCUCCAUCGGAACUUCGUUUGAAAGGUGGAACGAACGCUGAAAUGGCGCCGCAGAUUGAUUACACCUUGAUGGUUUUCAAGCCAAUCGUUGAGAAAUUCGGUUUCAAAUUUAAUUGUGACAUUAAAAUGAGGGGCUAUUACCCGAAGGGGGGCGGUGAAGUGAUUGUCCGAAUGUCGCCAGUUAAACAGUUGGACCCAAUAAAUCUGACUGAUCGUGGCUCUGUGACCAAGAUUUAUGGGAGAGCUUUUGUUGCUGGAGUUUUGCCACUGAAAGUAGCAAAAGAUAUGGCGGCGGCAGCUGUGCGAUGCAUCAGAAAGGAGAUGAGGGAUCUGUACGUCAGCAUCCAGCCUCUGCAGGAGUCCAGGGACCAAGCCUUCGGCAACGGCAGUGGGAUCAUCAUUGUUGCUGAGACAUCCACUGGCUGCUUGUUUGCUGGAUCAUCACUUGGCAAAAGAGGUGUGAAUGCAGACAAGGUUGGAAUUGAAGCUGCUGAAAUGCUGUUAGCAAAUCUUAGACAUGGCGGCACUGUGGACGAGUAUCUACAAGACCAGCUGAUUAUUUUCAUGGCGCUAGCCAAUGGAAUUUCCAGAAUAAAAACAGGACCAGUCACACUGCACACACAAACUGCUAUUCAUUUUGCUGAACAACUAACCAAGGCCAAAUUCACUGUGAAGAAGUCAGAAGAGGAAGAAGAUGCCUCUAAAGACACUUACAUCAUCGAGUGUGAAGUCGGGAUGGCAAAUCCACAUCUCUAGGGGUUUACCUGAGCAAUACCUCCAUGUUGUGCUAACUGAUUUUAUAUAUGCUACAACACAGUGACUAAGAAGUAAGAUAUUGACUGCAUUUGGAGGAGACGAAGCAUAGUACUUUGAGAUGCUGAGAAUGCUUCAUCUUGUUAAGCUCACCUUCACUGUCUCCUGAGAUAUAGACAGUGAAAGACAAAACUUGAUGAGUAGGAUAGUAAAUUUCAAUAUUAAAGUAUUGAAAUCAAUUGAAAUCAGAUGUGGUUUAUACCCCAAAUAUGUGCUGCUUCUCCUUUUUUUUUUUUUUUUUUUUUUUUUUAAAUGUAAUAAACUAAGCCAGGGACAUAGAGUUGAUCUAUAA